UUUCUGCUUCUAUCUCUGAAUCGAUAUUUAGGCUAGUUUCUAAAUGUCAAUUAGCUUCUAAAAUUUGGCUUACACUUGAAGAAGAAUUUGUUUCGGAGACUAAAGCUAAAACUCUACGUAUUAGGAGCUUAUUACAAUCUACUAGGAAAGAAAACCUAACCAGGAGUGAAUACAUGCUAAAAAUGAAACAAUAUGUUGAUGAUGUACUACCUGCUAGUGGUUGUGUGAUAACUGAUGAGGAUUUUUUGAAUUACAUACUGGAUUUGUCCUGAGUUCGUUGUUGUGGUAGUUAACAUUACUUCUAGAUUUGGAAGUCUAUCAUUUGCAGAAGGCACAAUAUUUGUUACAAAAGUAUGAGUUACAAUUAGAAAAGAAUAAUGCUUUGCUAUCAGUUGCUAUUAGUUUAGACUUCAAUGGAGAUUUGGCGAAUUUGGUUAGUUUAGCAGUAAAUGUCAAUUAUAAGUUUGGUUAGAAUAAGAACCAGAAAUCAAAAGAUAAUGUUGUUAAUCAUCAAGGUGCCACUGAUGCGGACUAUAGUCCUCAACAAACUCCCAAUUUCAAUACUUUAAUCCUACCUCUCUCUUACCUCCUGUAGCUCAGCGUGUGAAUUUUGUUCCUCAAUAUUCUCAGCACUUUCAGUCUAAUCAGUUUUCAGGAGGAGGAAGAGAUCAUGGUAGAGGUUCUAAUAGAAACAAGCCUAUUUACCAUGUGGUAAGUCAAGCCAUACUGCAAUUCUCCUCAAACUAAUAUGGCUGUUCAAGCAUGCAAUGUCUCACCAGCUAUGAUUUCACAUCAAGUUUCUCCAGCUCAAGCUACAGUCAGAGAACCAGUUUGGUACAUCAAGUCAAGAGCCACUGAUCGUGUCACAACAGAUUUGAGUCAGUUGUUUGUAAAUGCAAGCUACACUGGCCAGGAUCAAACUCAAGUUGGGAAUUGUGAGCGUUUGAACAUUUCUCAUACAGAAUUGAGCUGUUGAUAAACUGAAGCUGAUACUGUUUGGUUUACUGAAGUGAAGUUCCUUUUAAGCUGUUGCUGAUGGUUUACUGAAGUGAAGUUCCUUUCAUUGAGUUUGUGUAGUAGAUAAGGUGGAGCUGUUGAUAAACUGAAGUUGGUACUGUUGGUUUAGUGAAGUGAAGUUCCUAUCUUGAGUUUGUGUAGUAGUUGAGGAUUAACAGUUCAGAUUGACACACUGAAGAAGAUGUGAUUUGAUACUUUAUAUGCUGUCGCUUUUUACUAGUGUUUUAAUUAGUUAGCCUAAGUCAAAUUCUUCUCUUUACUUUAGUCUUGAACUUACUCUACUGUACACAUAUAAAACAGAGGUGUAGUGGCCAGCUGUAAUCAAUCAAGAAAUCAAAGAAAUAGCUUUGCAAUAUUCUUGAAUUCUCUCUCAAUUUUUCGAUUGUUCCAAAACCUC